AUGUCCACACAAGCCCAUCAAACGGCCUUAAGGACCGGCGAACAUGACAAGGCCAUCUGGUACUUUGCCUACGGAUCCAAUAUGAAGUCCACGGUCAUGAAUAACCGUGGAAUUACACCUAUCAGCAUGCAGGCUGUCGUCGUACCUAGCUAUGUCCUCUGUUUCGAUAUUUUCGGUAUCCCCUACGCAGAGCCCGCAUUCGCCAGUAUAGCACCGCUGAGGGAUGAACAGAUAGAGGGUGGAGUUAAAUCCCUUCCGCCAGUUCAUGGAGUUGCCUACCUGCUCACACCGGAUGACUAUCGACGCCUGGUGCUAACUGAAGGCGCCGGGGUCGGAUAUGAUGAGAUCACCGCCUAUGCUAAAGUCAUAGCACCGGACCAAGCAGAUAUCCUGAUACACACCUUGAAGGCCAAAUACCCAUGGCGGCCGAACCGAGCGCCUAGUGCAAGAUAUAUGGGGUUAAUCAUCGACGGCGCCCAGGAGUUCAAUCUUCCUCAGCAAUAUCAAUCCUUUCUGCGGUCUCUACCAGUCUAUCGCCCAGCGCUGACAUAUCGAGCCCAGCUUGGCGCCUGGUCUUUCCUGGUCUUCUGGCGAAGAAUGAUUCGAAUCCUGGCAAGCCUCACCAAGGUGAACACGAAUGAACAAGGGCACUGUCCCAAAUGGCUUGGAAGCGUGAUUGUUACGGUGUACCGCUCAGAGCAGUUGCUGCGCAGAGUACCACUCAUCGAUGGCCAUAAUGACUUCCCAUUUAUAAUCCGCGGGCUCUAUCUCAAUGCAGUCGAUAACAAGAAUCUGAAAGACUUGCCUGUUGGACAGACCGAUAUCACUAGACUACGCCGGGGUUUGGUGGGAGGCCAGUUCUGGAGUGCUUAUGUUCCAAACCCCAAGCCAUCUGAAGCAAUUUCCAUUGAUCCCGACCUGGAGUGUCUCCGCCAGACCCUGCAGCAGAUUGACGGAAUUAACCGCAUAGUCAAUCAAUAUCCGCAUGUCUUCGGGCUAGCAGAGAGCGCCGCGGACGUCUGGAAGACAGAUACAGCGCUCCAUCAUGGUCUCAGUGCGGACGGUAAACGCAUCAUUCGAGAGAUGAACCGCAUCGGGAUUGAUGCAUCCCAGAGAGACGUGCUUGCGGUCUCUAGUGCUCCUGUGAUAUUCUCCCACUCUGCUUGUUCCACACUCGUCGAGCAUCCCCGAAAUGUCACCGAUGAAGUGCUACAUUUGCUACAAAACAAUGGUGGGAUGAUCAUGAUCUGUUUUCUGCGGGACCUGGUCGACCCCAGCGGCGGCCGCAAAGCAACACUCGCCCAGGUGGCCGAUCACAUCCUCUACGCCGCGGGAAAGAUAGGGUAUGACCAUGUAGGGAUAGGCUCCGAUUUUGACGGCAUGCUAGAAGGGCCAGGCGGCUUGGAUGAUGUAUCGCGGUUUCCGGAUCUUGUGGUAGAGUUACUACAGCGUGGGGUGACCGAGAGCCAGAUUGAGAAAAUUAUAGGACUGAAUAUUCUACGAGUAUUGGAGGAAGUGCAGGACAUUGCUUCCCAGGAGCAACAGUCGCAAUCGACAGAUGUGCUGUGUGAUGAGAUCGGGUGCAUGUGGACGCCGGAGCAACGCGAGAUGCUGAAUGUCCAGGGGAGAAAGCGCGGACUCCAGCAGGGGGAGGUCUCGGCGCAGUAG